CUGGCCACCAUUGAAAAUGAACAAGAGACUGUUCAUUUAAUUGACACAAUAAAUGAUGAUUCCAUUGAUUUGGCCUGGAUUGGACUCUAUGAUGAUCUGAACAGUUGGAAAUGGACUCUAGAAGACACUGAUUUCUUCAAGGCUGGAGAGGAAAACUUCAGGAACUGGAACAGCCCAGGACCAGACAAUUCUGGAGGGUAUCGUUUGUGUGUAUACAUGUACAAUGGAAUAUGGCAAACAACAGCCUGCUCUGGUUUAUAUUAUCAAUCUGUCUGCUACGAUGGCAGAAAAAAUGCCAGUGCCUCCUAUGUUGUCAUUACCCAGUACCAAACCUGGACUGAAGCUCAGAGUUACUGCAGAGAACAUCACACAGACCUCAUCAGUAUCAGAAAUGAGACUGAAAACUAUAAGAUGCAAUAUUUAUUACACAAGUUUAGUCUUAAAGAAUUUUGGAUCGGACUGUACAGAACCAGGUCUUGGUCAGAUCAUAGUAACUCUUCAUUUACUUACUGGAAAACAGGACACCCAAAUACAGCGGAAUUCUGCACUGUAGUCUCAUUCAGCGACUCUGGGAAAUGGACAGAUGAAUACUGCAAUAAUGUAUUUACUUUUUUUUGUUACAGCGAACUAUCAUCAUCCCGUCAGUAUCACUUUGUGAAUGAGUCUAAGACCUGGACUGAAGCUCAGAGAUACUGCAGACAGAAUUACUCUGAUCUGGCCACCAUUGAUAACAUGGAGGAAAUGAACAGCCUGAUUAACACAGUUAAUGGGAGUUACUAUGGUUCAGCCUGGAUUGGACUGUAUGAUGAUGUGAACAGCUGGAGAUGGUCACUGGAAGACAAUGAUUUCUAUCAGGAAGGAGAGAAAGAUUUCAGAAACUGGUAUCAUGAACCGAACAACAAUGGUGGGAAUGAACUGUGUGUUUACAUGGAUUACAAUGGGAAAUGGUUUGAUUACCCAUGUGGUUAUACAGGAAAUAAUUUUGUUUGCUAUGAUGGCAGAGAGAAUGCCACACAGAGUUACAUCAGAAUCAAUGACUGGACAAACUGGACCGAGGCUCGUAGAUACUGCAGAGAUCAUUACACAGAUCUCGUCAAUGUGAGAAAUCAGACUGAGAACCAGAGGAUCCUUGAGACAGCAGGUGGAAGAGUCUGGAUCGGCCUGUACAGAAACAGGAUUUGGUCUGAUCAUCAGAUUACCAGUUACCAAAACUGGAGACCUUACUCUUCUGAUUCGGUGGGACAACCAGAUAAUGGUGAAGGUUAUGCUCAAACAACUGUGGCAAAAUAUGGUUUUCAGCACUGUACUGCUGUAUCAUUCAGGAAUUCAGGCCGAUGGACAGAUGAGGUCUGCAUAUCUGACAUGCCUUUCUUCUGCUACAGCAGAAACUGCACACUGUCUUCAUGCAACCGCCAAUAUCACUUUGUGUCUGAGUCUAAAACCUGGACUGAGGCUCAGAGAUUCUGUAGAGAAAAUUACUCUGAUCUGGCCACCAUUGAUAACAUGGAGGAAAUGAACAGACUCAUUAAAACAGUGCGUGGGACUUUCUAUGGCUCAGCUUGGAUUGGUCUGUAUGAUGAUCUGAACAGCUGGAGAUGGUCACUGGAUAAUACAGCAUUAGAUGGAGGUUACAAAAGAUGGUAUGUUUCGCAACCACUGAACUCAGGUGGAAAAAGUCUAUGUGUUUACUUGUUAAACACCCAGGGAAUAUGGAUUGAAAGGCCUUGCAACACUGAACUUCUCUUUGUUUGCUAUGAUGGAAGAGUGAACGCUAGUACAAGAUAUGUGUUUAUUGAACAGUCCAAAUCCUGGAGUGAAGCUCAGAGUUACUGCAGAGAACAUCACACAGACCUCGUCAGUAUCAGAAAUGAGGAUGAAAACUACAGGAUUCGGACAAUACUUUCAUAUUAUUCAACUGUUUGGAUUGGACUGUACAGAACCAGAUCUUGGUCGGAUCAGAGUAACUCUUCAUUCAGUAACUGGAGGACAGGACAGCCAGAUAAUGCUGGAUUCCGUGAAUACUGCACUGCAGUGUCAUUUAGUGACUCAGGAAGCUGGACAGAUGAAAACUGCAACAUUGCAUUCCCUUUCAUUUGCUACAGUGUGUCAUCGUUGGUAUCUUCCCGUCAGUAUCACUUUGUGUCUGAGUCUAAGACCUGGACUGAAGCUCAGAGAUACUGCAGACAGAAUUACUCUGAUCUGGCCACCAUUGAUAACAUGGAGGAAAUGAACAGCCUGAUUAACACAGUUAAUGGGAGUUACAAUGGUUCAGCCUGGAUUGGACUGUACGAUGAUGUGAACAGCUGGAGAUGGUCACUGGAAGACAAUGAUUUCUAUCAGGAAGCAGAAAGAGAUUUCAGAAACUUCUAUCAUGAACCAGACAACUAUGGUGGGAAUGAACUGUGUGUUUACAUGAAUUAUGAUGGAAACUGGUUUGAUAUGGCAUGCGACAACAUGCUGCCAUUCAUUUGCUAUGAUGGCAGAGAGACUGCCACACAGAGUUACAUCAGAAUCGGGGACUGGAAAAACUGGACCGAGGCUCGUAGAUACUGCAGAGAUCAUUACACAGAUCUCGUCAAUGUGAGAAAUCAGACUGAGAACCAGAGGAUCCUUGAGACAGCAGGUGGAAGAGUCUGGAUCGGCCUGUACAGAAACAGGAUUUGGUCAAAUGGUCAGAAUACCAAAUAUGAAGAUUGGAGACCAGCCAUUCCCUACUCAGCACAGCAACCAGAUAAUGGUGAAUAUGUUUUCAGUCAGUGGGGUACCGAGCUCUGCACUGCUGUAUCAUUCAGUCAUUUAGGUCGAUGGACUGAUGAGAACUGCUUAUCCAGCAUGCCUUUCAUCUGCCAUAACAGAACCUGCACACAAUCUUCAUGCACCCGUCAGUAUCACUUUGUGUCUGAGUCUAAGACCUGGACUGAAGCUCAGAGUUACUGCAGACAGAACUACACUGAUCUGGCCACCAUUGAUAACAUGGAGGAAAUGAACAGGCUCAUUAAAACAGUGCGCAGGACUUAUGGCAAAGCUUGGAUUGGUCUGUAUGAUGAUAUGAACAGCUGGACAUGGUCACUGGAUAAUACAGCUUUGGAUGGAGGAUUUAAAAGCUGGAAUGUCCAGCAACCAGUGGACUCAUAUGGACAGAGUCUGUGUGUGUACAUGCUUUAUAAUCGAGGAAGAUGGAGUGAAGACUUUUGCUCGCAAACCCGUCCCUUUGUUUGCUAUGAUGGACGAGUGAAUGCUAGUACAAGCUAUGUUCAUGUUUACCAGUACAAAACCUGGACUGAGGCUCAGAGUUACUGCAGAGAACAUCACACAGACCUCGUCAGUAUCAAAAAUGAGACCGAAAACUACAGGGUUCAGUUAUUAAUUUUUGAUUAUGACACUGUUUGGAUUGGACUGUACAGAACCAGAUCUUGGUCAGAUCAGAGCAACUCUUCAUUCAGUAACUGGAGGACAGGACAGCCAGAUAAUGCUGGAAACAGUCAAUACUGCACUGCAGUGUCAUUUAGUGACUCAGGAAGCUGGACAGAUGAAAACUGCAACACUGCAUUAUUUUUCAUUUGCUACAGUGCAUCAGCAUCAUCCCGCCAAUUUCAUUUUGUGAAUGAGUCUAAGACCUGGACUGAAGCUCAGAGAUACUGCAGACAGAAUUACUCUGAUCUGGCCACCAUUGAUAACAUGGAGGAAAUGAACAGCCUGAUUAACACAGUUAAUGGGAGUUACAAUGGUUCAGCCUGGAUUGGACUGUAUGAUGAUGUGAACAGCUGGAGAUGGUCACUGGAAGACAAUGAUUUCUACCAGGAAAGAGAAAGAGAUUUCAGAAACUGGUAUCAUGAACCGAACAACAUUGCUGGGAAUGAACUGUGUGUUUUCAUGGAUUCUAAUGGAAACUGGUUUGAUUCAUCAUGUGAAUAUGUGUUCAUAUUUGUUUGCUAUGAUGGUAGAGAAAAUUCCUCUCAGAAGUAUAUCUUGGUAUAUUAUUAUACAACCUGGACUGGAGCUCAGAGCUACUGCAGAGAGACAUACACAGACCUGGCCAGUGUGAGGAAUGAGACAGAGCGUCAACAGAUACUGGAUGUUACACGUUAUUAUAGUUAUUAUGUCUGGAUUGGUCUGUACAGAAACAGACUGUGGUCAGAUCAGAGCAGCAUUUCUUUUACAUAUUGGCUUCCAUUUACUCAAGGUAUUGAUGCACAACCAGAUAAUGGUGUAAAUGUCCCAGGACAGAGGAUAGCCCAACACUGCACAGCUGUGUCUUUACAAUACUUUGGCCAGUGGACAGAUGAGAACUGCUUUGCUAAUUUGCCCUUUUUCUGUUACAGCGAUAAAUAUGUAUCAGUGAUGGGACUGAGUGUGAAAGUUACAAGUCUGGAGAAUCUGUCAGAGUAUCAGAUUGAAGAGCUGGUUAUACAGCUCCAGGAAGAAUUUAUUAGACAAGGACUACCCAGCAACUUCACCAUGCAUUUGAGAAACUAUCGUAAAACCAAUCCAUGAGAGGGAAUAAAGAGCAUUCCAUUAAAAAUACGGGUUUACAUUUUUAUCAAACUAUUACUGAACUUCUACAUUUUGCAUGUUCUUGCUACUGUUAACUGAAAUUCUGCACUGUUCAUGAUAUUACAAAAAAAAAAAAAAAAAAAAUACUGCAAUGAUUUGUUAAUUCACCCCAGAACAUUGGGAUAGACUCCAAUAUAUUUCUGACCA